UAUUUCCCGACAUCACCGCUCUUCUCAAAUGUCCAAUCCUGCUGCCCCCCUUUGGAUCGGGCAGUGAAAUUUCACGAGAUCCACUUGUGCGAUGUGACUCAAACUUUUUAGCCAAACGUGACUGAAAGAAGAUUCCGAACACCUGGUUUUGUAAAGUAAAAAAUAGAAUGUAAUGAGCGGAACGCAUGUUUUCAAUACAGAGGGUCGCAGAACAAAUGCAAGCCAGGUGUGUGCUUUACCUGUUGGCAUGUGGACACACCUGUUUCCUGGAGGUCUCUACUUCAUAGUGAACGUGUCCUAUAUGCCACAUAUACUGAGCGCAGCAGAACGCAGGCGAAAUAUCUAAACUUCAUCAAGAAAGGGACAGACAAGAGAUAAACAAUGUCAUUUCCCAGUGAAUUCCUGUCAGAAGAGCAGUUUACGUGCUCUAUUUGCUUGGAAGUCUUUACCAAUCCUGUCUCCAUACCCUGCGGCCACAGCUUUUGCUCAUCAUGCAUCACGUCCUACUGGGAGGGCCAGGGAAAAAGCUGCUUCUGUCCUUUGUGCAAGGAAAGCUUUCGCAAGCGUCCUGAGCUCCACAUCAAUCACACGCUCAAGGAGAUCACAGAGCAGUUUAAACGGAUGGCGGAGACCACGCUGACCGCACCUAGGAGUGCACCUGCAGAUUCGCCCUCCAACCCUUUCUCUUCACCGAAGCCUGGAGCGCAGCACAGGCCGGUAGUGCUGCCCAGUGGCCUCCUGCCAGAGAUGAAGAGCCGCUUCCAAAGAACAUCAUCCAGCGAGCCUUUGGCAUCCCAUGAUCCUCCUUCUCUCCCUCCUGCCAAGGCACCUAAGCGAAACUUUAGUGUGAGUGCAGCAGGUUCCAAUGGGCCACUGUGUCCCAGACAUGGGCAUAGUUUGGAGCUGCUCUGCAGGACUGACCAGACAUGCAUUUGCGUAACAUGUGCAGAGAGGGAACAUUACGGGCAUUCUGUAAUAGAAGCCAAGAGAGAGAUGAAUAUUAAAAAGUCCCAGCUACGUAUCUUGGAGGUGGAGCUACAAGGAUUGAUCACAGUCAGAGAGAGGAAGAUAGAGGAGAUCCAAACAUCACUUGCAGAAAUUCAAGUGCAUGCAGAGCAAGAGAAAGCAGGUACUGUGAGUACGUUUGCUGAGUUAAUGAAAGCUGUUGAGAAGUCCCAGGCUGAACUUCUGGAGGUGGUAGAGAUGGGACAGCGAGCUGCAGAACUUCGCUCUCAGGCCUUCAUACGUGAGCUGCAGGCGGAGAUCUCUGAUCUUAGAAAUAGAUGCAGCACUCUCACUCAGCUGACCCAGUCCCAAGAUCCUGUUUCCUUCUUCAAGUCAUAUCCAGCCUACAGUAGUUUACCUGAGACAAAGAGCUGGGCAGAAGUGGCCUUGACCCCUGACCCCACUGCAGGAGCAGUGCUGAGAAAUGUCACUCAGAUGGUGGAGGAGGUUCAGGAAGCCCUGAGAAGACUGUCAACAAUCUGUUUGCGCUCUUCCACAGAAAACCCACAGGAAAUAUAUCAACAAAAAGUGUGGAGAGUCCAGGAAUAUGCAAUGGACGUGACCCUAGAUCGAGAUUCAGCCCAUCCGCGUCUGAUUAUCUCUGAGGAUGGUAAACAGGUGCACUGCAGUGACCGCUACCAAUUGGUGCCAGACACAAUUGAACGGUUCGACCGUGUGGUGUGUGUGCUUGGCCGCCCAGGUAUCAGCUCUGGCUGCCAUUACUGGGAAGUUGUGGUGGGUGAGAAGACAGACUGGGAUUUAGGCGUUGCUAGUCGCUCCAUCAACAGAAAAGGAAAAAUAGCCGGAAACCCAGCUAAUGGAUUUUGGUUUCUAAGUCUACGUGACAAACAUGAGUAUGCCUUUCGUACAGAACCAUCAACGGCUAUAAUCGUAUACCCAAAACCACAGCGUGUCGGCGUGUAUGUGGACUACGAGAAAGGUCAAUUGUCGUUUUUUAAUGCAGAUACAAAGUCACUGAUAUUUACCUUCACAGACACCUUUGCAGAGUCUUUAUAUCCUUUCUUCAGCCCAUGCACCAACAAAUCUGGCAAAAAUGAGGCUCCCCUUAUCAUAUGUCCUGCCUAUCCGGCUAACCCAAGCUGGUUGACUGAAAAAUGAAAGAUUAGUGAGAUGAAAACAAAAAUAUUUUUGUUUACUUUAUUAUUUAAUUCAGAAUUUUGAAAAUUUAAUAUGGUUUUCAUUUACAAUCCAUGUGAUCAUUUCAUUGGUUUAAGGAUUUAAUAUAUUUUCAGCAAAACAUUAAAUAGUUACUCCUUACAGACUAUAGCCUAUUAAAAAGUGUUUCGAUUUAACAGCCAUUUUGAGAAAUAUUAAAACGAUGUUUUACGUGGUGCGGGUCACCCACCAUGUUGAGAUCACGUGAUCAGAUGGAUCUCAUAAUUGUUACUUAAAACAUGAAUAAAAAUAAUAAUAGUAUGUUUACUUUAUAUACUUUUUAUGUUAUGUUAACUUUUUUGAUAUACCUAAAACAAUAAUAUGACUUAUGAACCGCAAAUGAUUGCCAAGGUUUGAAAUUGAAAAUUGGGAUUUAAUUUGACUGAACACAACAUUGAAUGGUGAUGGAGAUCUAAUUGUAAAAUAACCUCCCAUUAGGAUUUAACUUGAUAAAACAUUAUGUAUAAUAAACAAAAUGUAUAAUAUUCAAAUAUGUGUUUUGUACAUUAUAGUAAAGCAAAAAUAAAUGUGAAU